AUGGCAGGUCUCGGACAUGCUGAAGCAGUGGUAAUGAAUUUAUUGGAUGGUCUUUCGGGAUGUUAUCGAACCGUGGUGGCUGACAACUUCUUUACUAGUAAUUCUCUAGCGAAACGUUUGUUAGAACAGGAUACAUAUCUUGUUGGAACAUUGAGAAGUAAUCGUGCUGGAUCAGGACAUAAAAUUGUUCAGAAAAAGCUCAAGCCUGGUGAAGCUUAUGGGCUCCAGAACAAAGUCGGUAUAAAGUUGAUCAGGUGGAAAGAUAAAAGGGACGUUCUGAUGAUAUCUACAAAGCCAUCUCAUUCAGCAACUGUGGUGAACACCGGAAAAACCAAUAAACUAAAUGAACGUAUCAUGAAGCCACAAGUUGUUCUCGAUUACAACGAAAGGAGACAAGGUACCGAUUUAUCAGAUCAACUAUCAACAUACCAUACAUGCCUCAGACGGUCAAUAAAAUGGUUCAAAUGGUGGCAUUUGAAUUGA